AUGAAUGAAAAGCAAGUGAAUGAAAAGGUUUUUCCAUGUUCAGAGUGUAAAGAAAAUUUUCCUACUUCGGUAUUGCUGAAGAGACAUCAAGUAUCAUGUUCUAAGAAGAAAGCAGAAGUUUCGCCAAAAAAAAGAGCAAGUCCUUCAGAUGAUGUUGAAGAAAUAGUAGUGAAAAAGAAGAAAAUUGAAGAACCAGUGUAUGAUGUUGAAGAAGGUUCUGAUGUGGAUGAAAGCUCUGAUGUUGUUGUUCCAAAUGAGAAAGGAAAUAAGAAGGGUAUUCUUCAGGCAUUUAUGUCAAGCAAAGUGCAGUCUCUCUUAUCUUCUGCUAAUGCCAAAUCAAUACAAAAAGAUAAUUCUUCUGCAGAAAAGCAAGAUCUUACUGAUAAAUCUGCAGAGAAGGAUAAAGUUUCUAUUUGUGCAUCAAGUUUGAGAAAAAAUAUUGCAUUAUCACUGCAGAAAAACAAGUCUUCCGAAAGCAAAUCCCGUAACCGAAAGUCUGAUCAUUGUGAAGCAUCCCAACCUGCAGUUCCUGUAACCUCUUCACUUUCUGAGAAAGAUGAUGAUCUGGAUAGUUCCAAUUCUGUUCAGAAAAAGAAGAGAGGUAGGCCAUCAAGACGUCAACCUGAGGAGCAAAAUCAAUCUUCGGACAUUUCUGCCAACAAACAGAGUAAAACUGAAGAUCCUAAAAGUAAUGCUCUGGCAACUACUGAAAAAUCAUCCAAGCAAAUUGUUCAUGAAGAGAAGCAAGCAUCUAAAUCAGCUGCUAAAGUUGUAUCUAAAGGAAGAAGAGGUCGUAGACCAUUGCGUAAAAAAGACGACAAACCAAAUAGUGUGAAGUCCACAAGUGCUAAAUCUUCAAAUGAUAUCUCUCAAGCAUCAAGUCAGGAUGUGGAGAUUGAUGUUCCAACAUCUGAUGCCAAUGAAAUAGCAGUUGUCGAUAAACAAGUUAACAGUAAGCAAGCUUCUAAAAGUGUUGAUCCUUCUUCAGGUCAUAAUGGACCUAAUAUACAUUUUGAUGAAUCUAGAAAUGAUAUUGAUGACCCUCCUGUUGUGACUAAUGGCUCAUCUGAUGCUGCCAACGGUUCUGUUGAAAUUCUUACUCAAUCUGAAACUACUACUUCCAAUAACGAAGAUGCUAGAGCCUUUAUGGUGGACCUUCUUACUGAUUAUUCAUCUCUAGAUGCAACUGCACCAGCCAUUAAGGCUGAAAAACCUGAUCCUUCUGAAGAUCCUGGAGCUUUAGAUCGCUUACCAAAUCAAACAAUUUUUACUUGUGCUGUGUGUCAUAAAAAUUUUACUAGAAAGUUUCACCUUGAUCGACAUUUACGCAUAUCAAGGUGUUCUGGUUUACCCAUGCCAUCAUUUCCUUGUGAAUUGUGCAAUCGAGUUUACACCAGAAAGGAUAAUCUUCGGGAGCAUCUUCGUUCCCACACUGGUGAAGUUCAACGUAGAAAAAACCAUAAAUGCCAAUUUUGUGACAAAGCAUUUCAUGGACAAUCAUUACUGGCUAUUCACAUCCGCAAGCAUACUGGAGAAAAGCCAUUUGAAUUAUGA